AUAGCUGAGAGUGUCUUCGAUUGUUUUUGUUUCGAUGGGCAGCUGACAAUUGAACGACUGCCCUAGUUUUUAAUGUGGCAUGUUAUAGACGUUGCCAGAUAGCAUAAAGGCAUUUUAAAACGUGAUCCCACAUCUGUUCAAUGGGUGCCGUGGAAAGCACCGAAGGAGAAAGGGAGCCUUUGCUGGUUCCAUCCCAACCGGCGACAAACACACAGCCCGUGUUGAGCAGGGUGUACGGAAGAAGAUGGUUUGUUCUCACCAUGUUUUCAUUGUUGGGUUUUAUGCAAGGACUUGUGUGGAACACAUGGGGCCCGAUCCAGAACUCCGCCAAACAUGUGUUCGAGUUCUCCUCGACAGAUAUCGCUGUGCUGGUUAUGUGGGGUCCAGUGGGUUACCUGCCCUGGCUGUUGUUUAUUUGGUUGAUGGACAAGAAAGGUUUGCGAGCGUCUCUGCUGCUGUCAGCAUUCUUCAUGGUUCUGGGCGCAGCGUUACGAAGUGUUCCUCUCAAAGACCUAUACUACAGACGCUGGAUGAUUCAUGGAGGUCAACUUCUGAAUGGUUUAGCUGGUCCUACCAUUAUGAGUGCCGGUCCUCUACUCUCUACUACUUGGUUUGCUCCUGAUCAGAGAGCUACAGCCACCGCUAUUGCAUCACUUAUCGGCUACUUGGGGUCAGCCUGUGCCUUUCUGAUUGGUCCGUUGGCUGUCCCUGCACCCAAUGGCACUGUGGGAAGCACCGUUUACUGGAACCAAAACCACAUUGGAGACAGGAUACAGUUUGUUCUUUACGCAGAGGUUGGGAUGAUUGCAGCACUUUUCGUGGCUGUGCUGUUCUACUUCCCCUCCAGGCCGCCCAUCCCUCCCAGCGUGGCAGCGGCUAGCCAACGUCUCAGCUAUAGGAGCAGCAUCUGCAGACUGCUGAGCAACAUGCGUUUCCUGAUGAUAGCACUCGCCUACUCCGUGCCCACAGGGGUUGUUGCCGGCUGGGCCGGAGUGUUGGACAUGAUUUUAACACCUGCUAAAGUCAGCCAGGUGGACGCGGGCUGGAUCGGGUUCUGGUCCCUAGUUGGAGGCUGUGUGUUUGGUGUGGCCAUGGCAAGGUUUGCUGACUAUAUUCGAGGAAUGCUGAAACUAAUUUUGGUGCUGAUGUUUGCCGGAGCAUCCUUGGCGGCCACCUGGUUCACUCUCACCUGCCUGACCAGGCUUACUCACCUGCCCUCCACUAAAGCCACUCUCUACACCUCCUGCAUCCUGGUGGGCAUCUUCAUCAACAGCAGUGUGCCCAUCUUCUUGGAGCUGUUCAUUGAGACUGUUUACCCUGUUCCUGAGGGCAUCACCUGCGGAGUGGUCACCUUCCUCAGCAACCUCUUCACUGGACUUUUGCUGUUUUGCCUCACCUUUUACUUUACAGAGCUGUCCUGGUUAAACUGGUGUCUGACAGGCUCCUGCAUCUUCAGUCUCCUGCUCCUCCUCUUCUUCAGGGAAUCGUACGACCGCCUCUAUUUGGACGUCUUUGUCUCUGUCUGAGUACACCACGUGAGCUUUUUUCAGCUGGAGACUGAAGGCUUGUCUUUUUAUGGGCACUAUAUUCCAGCAGAGUGCAGAGAAAGGGCAAACAGCAUGUUGCUCACUUUUAUGGAUCUGUCUUUUUUUUUUUGAAAAAUGUUGUAAUUGUGAAAUAUAUGACCAGCAGUGUUGGCAGUGCAUUGUGUUAGCAUCAUAACUAACAGCGGGAACUGAAACCAGACUAAGGAGGAAAGAAGUGUAGAUAUUGACCUUUCUACUUGAUAUUUUGCCUCCUGGAUGCAUCCCUUUUGUAUAUUUUAUUUUACUUUUUGUUUUUUUUUGUUUUUUUUUUUUAUAAAUACGAUUAAUGGAAAUUAUGUGUUUACAUACUGGCACAAUAUAAGAGACUUUUAUUGCAUAGAGAGUCACAAGCGGAUCUACUUACGGAUUUGGCAGUGCCCCAUGGUGAUGACUCCUCUAGUGCUCUCACCACAUCUAACGGGAGUGUAAUGGAUAAUUAUAGACAAGCUCAAUUAGCCGCCUGGCGAGAGCUGCGGCCGUCUGUGGACCGGGGACCUCUUAGAGCUGUAGUGUCACUUAUGAAUAGCCUGUGGGAUCUGAGCUUUAAUUGACCUGUGAUAGGACUGUCAAUAAGUGGCAUUCGCUGUGGUCUUCUUUUUUUCCUUAUCAACCCAUAUUAUGCAAAGGAUAAUUCCCUCCGCUGUGGGGUUUUGCUAAUCACCUUGCAGCCAUUAGUCCGAUUCUGGGUCAUGUUACCUCAAGGUGUCUGAGGUCAUAGUUUAUGUAAUGAGGGAUCUAUAGUAUUCAUGUUUAGGUAGCCGUUUGUGUUCGUCCCAUUCUCAUGUGAUGGCUUGGUUUAUAGCUGUAGCAUGCGCACAGUGGGUGUCAGUUGCACAAGCCUUUUAGAAUUUUAUGCAAUUGAUCAUGCAUUUAACUGUAAUUUAUUAACUCGUUUUAGGGAUUAAUACACUAAUAUUGACAAUAAGGGAUUGUUAAUGGUUUUUAUGCCUGAGUACUGUUACAGAAGAGCGUUUAAACAUGGCAUUAUGGAGUGCUGGAACAGUACAACACUAUUCACCAGCAAUAAUAGCCAUGUUUGGUAGCCUUUUGUGAUUUGUGGCAUAACCUAAUGCAAAAUCGAGUGCAAUACUCCCUCUUAAGUUUAAAAUAUAGCCUAUCGAAUGACCCAUGCACACACUGAGCUGUUCUCUCCUGCAUUUUUGAGCAACACCAUAAAAAUGGAGCCCGUUUGAAUCUGGUCUGGUUUGCCACUUUCACUUUGCCGUGAAUUUUGGCAGCUUGAGAUUUAAACACAUCUCUGUCUGCUGUUGGAUUUAGUGUUGACUUCAGUGGAACUGAUUGAUGGGGAAGGAAAAGUAUUUUAUGGACACGCCGAAUCCCACAUUUCCACAGAUUUCCAACUGAGAACUUUGGACACACACACGGUUCUGUUUUUCUCUGGGAAAAGCCUGCAUGUGAAUCACUUUUCGUGUCUUUGUACGGAACGGUUCUCUAUUUUACCUGUCAUUAACUUUGCCUUAAUUAACAGUGACCUUUGUUCUGUCCUCUUUUCCACUGUGAUGUGCGUGCCGUGCUGCAGUCAGUGCUUGUGCUCUGUUCUGUCACUGUAAUGUUAAUUGUAAGAGGCACUGGAGAGGCGUACGAUCCCCUGUCCAUGUGCAGACAUGAUACAUGUCAAAGAUUUUUAGCACCUUAUUAAAAAGAUGUUUUUAAAAAGGAAUCAUGUUUAAUUCUCCUCUCUGUCAUUAAACUGUUAAUCCAGCUUGAUGUGUGUAAUGAGAAACCAUGAAAAUAGCAGAUAGUUCUGACUCUGAAAUAUGAUUGGAUAUGCUAUGUACAAAGCCAUCUUAAAUUGUUACAUUGAUUGAUAUAUUGAACUAGUGUGAAACAGCCUUUAGAGAACAUGUGCCUGACCUUCGAGGAAACAACGUUUAGUUUCCAGCGGUAUCGGGCCCGAUACUGAGCUCCUGUACUCGUACUCGUUAAAAUGCACCGAUACCACACAGCCACUGAAUAUGUGAUAAGUGCCAUAUUCAGACAAAGAAACACAACAGACAGCAGAAUGGAGUUAUUAGAGAUUAAGGAUGUCUACGAAGUAUAUGUAUGCAAUGAAUAUAAUGUAGAACAUUCAGUAUUAACUGAUGUGCACAAGCUGAUAAGCAAAGCACGCCGAGUGGCUUGUCAAGUGAAUAUCCCUUUCUCACAGACAUCACUGGAAAGUUUGUACUUCGGUCGGAUAUGUCAAAAACAAGUAAGUAAAACAAUGCACAAGUUACUUAACGGUAGGAAGAGAACUUAUAGAGAAAAUAUAAGACAACUUAUAGGGGCAUUCACUAUAAACAUAAUUUAUUUUCAACCUUAAGCAUACACGACUUUCUGGUGAAAGUGAAACUAUCAGCCUGUGUGAAAUGCGCUAGGCUUUACUGUACUUGUCCCUCUCACUCUGCACCGGUACAAAUACGUGCGCGUUUUGCUUGCUUCAUGACUGUUUCUGCAUUAUAUGAGUGGCUUUGAAAUAUAAAUCGCAGCACGUUUCAGAUUUUUUUUAAUAACACGACUUAUAUUUCUGAAAAUAUCACGGUUAGAUGAUAUUAGCCGCUGCAAUGGAGGAUGAUGUACCAUAGAGCAAAAAAAAAUGGAACGGUGAAAGUAACAAAAACUUGUAAAAUACAUUUUAAUGGGCAUAAUUAAGUGUUAAGAUAACCGAAGGAUAUACAGUCAGUAUACAGAGACCAGAUAUAAUGUUUGAUUUUUUUUUUUUUUGCUAGUGGGUGCAGGACACUAUAGUUCAUUUAUGUAAGUGAGGAUAGCAAAAUCAAAAAAUAAUAAAGUAAACUGUGACGACAUUAUACCCAAAAAUUCUUCAUACAGUGGACUACCAGUAAAACUGAUACAAAUGUGGGACCAAAAAUUAUUCAGACUGAGUCUGGGAAAAAAUUUAAUUUCAGGUUCGCUGGUGGCCUGACAAAGUAUUGAUAGUUGUGCAAAUAUUGUCAUUUUUGGUUGAUUGUAAUCCAUUACAUACCUUUCUUGUUCUUGUUUCUUGUCAUAUUUUAUUACCAUUUUCUAAACUAUAGCAAAUAAACUGAUAAUGUGAGAAAUGUUGAAGGUGUCUGAAUAAAUUUUGGUUUGACUUUAAAUUUUACAUUUGAUAAAUGAAGUUAACCAACUAACAUCAUACCCUUUUGGUUUCUGUACCCAAUAUUUAAAAAAUGUACAAAUACAAUGAAAAUAUCGAUAUCGGUACUCGGUAUCGGCAAGUACCACAAAUUAAAGUAUCGUAUCGGGCGAGUACUGGAAAAAGUGGUAUCGGUGCAUCCCUAUUUUCCAGUAAAUGUGUUAUCAUGGGUGUCUAUAAGAUGAGCUCAUGUUUUUCACACUCCAUGAUGCCCCACACCCUUCAAAGCAUGAGAUCAUAGAUGACAUCAGGAUUGAGAGUGGGCGUCCUCCGACAGUAUGUGUACUCAGGAGUUGUUAACAUAUUGUGUGGUACACCAGCCAAAAAACCUGCGGUUUACAUGCAAGCCUAUAGAUUACGGUUCUCAUAGAUUUCCUCUUUUCUCUGUGAAUUUUGCCUAUGUUUGUGUUGUUAAUGACAGUGAUUGUGAGAAUUUAACUGCUUGCUGUUCAUGUCACUUUUAGCUUGAGAUGUUAUUUAUUCAUGUUUACUUUGAAUAGUUCCAUAUGAGUUCUUUUUAGGCUUAACAGUAAUAAUAUUUUAAAUAUAUUACAAAACCAAAAUAAAAAAUGACAACAUAAUAAUAUAAAAGAGAGAUAUUCAAUAUUUUAUUUGUAUUGUGUAUAUAUUAUUAUUAUUAUUAUUUUUCAUUUCAUUCUUGGUAUAUUUUCCAUUGACUGUUGUGAAUAAUAUAAUAUAGGGUAAUAUAAGUGUAAUUCAUAUAAUACAUUUAUUGAAUAUCAGACUUCACUUAGUGAAGUUUCUGUGUAUAUAUUCUUUAUUCUGCCAUUCAUGUCCUUAUCUGUCACUGUAUUAUUAGGUUUUAUUAAAACUAACAUCAAUUUGCAGUUUUGUGAAUGUUAAAUAGAAUUACUUUGCAUUAAAAAUCAGUCUAAUGGUUUUUAAGUGGAUUAGCGAUCCUCAGGGACACAGAAACCAUAACAUGUUUUCAAGGUUUUUUGUUCCCUUUACUUUUUUUAAAAAAGUCUUACUUUUUCACU